AUGGACAUUGUUGUGAGCUUUUGCUUGUCAAUUGUUGCCUGCGCUGCAGAGCGGGAAGAAGUACGCAAAUGCAUAGAAUUAUUGAAGAAGUUGAUCAACAAUGCGGAUGCGCGAAUGCGAAUGCAAAAGGAAGGCAAACGAGAAGAAAAGGAGGACAACGAAGGAGAGGCAACACAGGGUGUGGAGGAGCGGAAGGAAGACAAAAAUGUUGAGAGGAGAGGGGACGGUGUAGUCAGCUGGGGUGUCGUUGCAGGAUCUGAGGCUCAGCGCAGGCAUUGCAACAGCAGAUUGGAGAGACGCGUACAGUGA